AACGCUCCACCCUUCGUUCUAUCAUCCAGUCUCAACAAUUAUCACCAUGAGACCAUUACAAAUAUUACUCCUCGUGUUACCAUUAUGCGCCGCUCAAUUUCGUAUUCAAGGACCUAGCGAUGGAAAUCGUCGAGCGCAGGGGCUCAAGUACGAUAAUGAGAAAGGCAUUCAGUACGAUGAUCAGAGGGAUUCUUUAGGGACAGGGGAUUUUUCCAUAAGCGGUGCGUCAGACGGAAACAGUGACUUCAAAAUCCAGGGAGCGAGCGAUGGAAACUCCGAUUUCCAGAUUCAUGGAGCCACCGAUGGCCAUGCGAACUUCCACAUCCGAGGACCCACGGAUGCAAAUGCUCAAUUCCAAAUUCAGGGAGCAUCUGAUGGAAAUGCUAAUUUCCAGAUCCAAGGAGCCACUGAUGGAAAUGCCGAUUUUCAGAUUCAGAGGGCUACCGAUGGAAACGCCAAUUUCCAAAUUCAAGGGGCUACUGAUGGGCACAGUCAGAGCUCAAUCCAGGCCCCACAGGAUUAUAAUCAAAGAGCCUUGUCCUAUAAAGACUCAUCAGGUUCCAGACUCAACUGGAAGUCAUAUCAGCACUCAGCUAGACCGCAGGCACAACCGCAGUACCAAGAACCUAUUCAGUAUGCUCCUGCUCCAGCCCCUCGCAGAAAAUCUGGCAGACGCCCACAGGCUCAAUCUGCUCAGGCUCCAGUCGCGCCUGAAAACAAUUACAAAGUAUUUGACUCAGCACCACCCGCUAUUCAACAACUUCUUCAGUUCCAGCAGCAGGCGCCCUAUCAGAAUAUUAUUCCUCCGCAAUUCAGGUAUGAUUUCAACGGUCCUCCACCAGCUACCCUCGCAGGUCAAUCAGGAGACUCCCCUAUUGCUUCUGUCCCUCAAGAACAACCAUCGCGCUCACAAUAUCGCGCGAAAGCUCGAGGACGUCCGAGGGAGAGACGUGCGGCUCAAAAUCACUCUCGUCAAAGACAACAGAAAAUUCCGCAGAGAAUCGCUGGCCCCCCGGCUAAUCCUCAACCGCAUUUAUCUACGAAUAUUCCAGCUACAAUUCAAGGGAUUCUUGACUUCCAGGCAAAGGCGCCCUACGUUAAUCACAUUCCUGAGCAAUGGAGAUACGAGAGACUAUUAGAACAGGAGAAGAACCUUCCACCUCCUCAAUAUCAACGUCAGCCAGAACCUCAUCCUGUUCGUCACAGCCAACGAGUCAGAGAGAGGAGAGAAGCUCAACAUCAACAAGCCCAGCCUCAUUACAAUUCGAAUCUUCCAUCCCACUUACAAAAAUUGUUGAGUUUCCAGGCAUCUACUCCAUAUACCAGUGUCAUCCCGGAGCAAUACAGUUACGAGAAGCUUCUAGCAGCUCAGAAAGGUCAGCACAGACAGAAGCGUCAGACUCCAAGAUACCAACACAAUCAACAAUCGCAGUUCGAUCUCUCUCAGUACAAGAGAAUCUCCCAGCCUCAACAACUUCAACAGGCUCUCCCACAGUAUUCCACGAACAUUCCAGGGUCUCUGAAGCAGCUCCUGAAUUUCCAAUCGCAAGUGCCUUACGACAUUACUGCAAACAAGAUUCAAUACCGUUUGGACAAACCCUACGUUCCCCAGCCAGUUCAAGCAGCACCGAUCUCUCAAGUUCCUCAACACACUCAAAGGUCUCAAGCUCCUCGAUACCAACAGCCAUUAGCACAGGCCCCACAGUAUCAACAACCUCAAAGACCUAUCUAUCAACUUCCACAGUCCCAACUGCCAUCUCCUGAAACCCAAAGACCUCUCUAUCAACCAGCCCCUCUUGCCCAGCCUCAGCUUCCUCAAGGUCCUCCCCCCUACCCUCACCAGCCUCAAACACCCACUUAUCAGAAUCCACAGCAGUUGGGGCAACAAUAUCAACAAAAUCCUCAGUCCCAGCUGAUCCGCCCACAAUUGCAUCCCAAUCAACUUCCACAAUUCGGUCGUCCAUAUCCGUCUCCAUAUGCACAAAAUAAUCCAAUUCGUCCAGUUACAGAGAAUCAGUAUUGAGGAGAAGAAAUCUCAGAAAACGGGACAAAAUUAAUGGAGAAGUAGCACGGAAUGAGUUAGUUGAUUCAAUGCAGUUGGAUUCGUGGAAAAUAUCGAAGUUGUAGAAAAGUGAUUACAUAAUUUUCGCCAGAAGAUUUUCGCUGAGAUAUUUUCUAUCUAUGCUUUAGAGUACAAUAAUCAGUAAAUCAACACAUCAUAUUAACAGUAACUUCUUGCAAAAAUUUAAGGGACACACCUGGUUAGCCUGAAAGUAUCGAAGAACUCGGUGAAAAUACGGUCUGUCCUGCUCAUUUCUAUUCAUGUACUGCAAUGAUUCAAAGACGCUUUACUUUAAUUUUGCAUUAAAGUGCAAAGCGUACGUAAAAACUCUCCACACUCCAAACUCUCGUCCAAAUAUUCAUAAAAUGAGUUGUUUCAAAAUUACAUGCCGAGAGAUUACUGAUAACUCACAGAGUUAUCAACAAGAUCUUUCUAACACUCCGUUUUUCAAUUAUCCAUUAUGGCAGUAGUUUCGGAAUGAACACAAAAA